CUCUCUCUCUCUCUCUCUCUCUCUCUCUCUCUCUAUAAGUGCAAGGUCACCCCAGCAAACUAUUCCCCUCCUCUUAUACUGUAGUGUACUACCCUUUUUAAUUAACCAUGGCUGACUACCCCCACUCAUCAAAUUUCUUCCCAGGUCUGUUCAAAUUCAACCCUCUUCAUCGUCACCAUGAACAUGAACCACCACCUUCAAACCCUCAGCCGCCUCCUCAUGCUUCACAACCUUCUCCUCCCUAUGCUCACAACUUCUUCCUCAACCAAAACCACUCUUUUUACUUCCCUACCCACCAACAAAUCCUUAACACUAGACCCCCUUCCCCUCCUCUCAGAGAAGCCCUCCCCCUCCUCAGCCGCCUGAGCCCAACAAACCAACACCAUCACCACCGCGGUCAUGAAGAUCAACAACAACAUCACCAUGAAGAUCAUCACCACUUUAAAGAUCAACAAGAUGAGGAAGAUGGUGACGGUGAAGACGAUGAGAGUGUGACACUGCACAUAGGAUUGCCAAACCCUAGCGCUGCUGAAAUGGCUUCUGUGCUUUCUGCUGCAGCUAAUUCUUCCUCAUCAGAGAUGAGCAAUAACAGUACUCAUCAUGAAAAAUCAGAUCAUGGAGAUCAUGAUUCUGCAGGGUACCCCAUGAGUUGCAGGUUGAACAAGGGUCAGUAUUGGAUCCCUACCCCUUCUCAGAUUCUCAUAGGUCCUACCCAGUUUUCUUGCCCUGUUUGCUACAAGACCUUCAACAGAUACAACAACAUGCAGAUGCAUAUGUGGGGGCAUGGAUCUCAGUAUAGAAAAGGGCCUGAAUCUUUGAGAGGCACUCAACCAACAGGAAUGCUUAGGCUUCCUUGCUAUUGUUGCACACCAGGUUGCAGGAACAACAUCGAUCAUCCGAGGGCAAAGCCACUGAAAGACUUCAGAACCCUUCAAACACAUUACAAGAGGAAACAUGGAAUCAAGCCUUUCACGUGUAGAAAAUGUGGCAAGGCGUUUGCGGUGAGGGGGGAUUGGAGAACCCAUGAGAAGAAUUGUGGCAAGCUUUGGUAUUGCAUUUGUGGCUCUGAUUUUAAGCACAAGAGAUCUCUUAAAGAUCAUAUCAAGGCUUUUGGGAAUGGGCAUGCAGCUUAUGGAAUUGAUGGCUUUGAAGAGGAAGAUGAACCUGCUUCUGAAGUAGAGCAAGACAAUGAGUCCAUGCAGUAAUAAUAACUUGGAAGGAUUAAGAAGAUUAAUUAUUUGUUAAUGAGUCAAAUAUUACUAUAUGAACUUAGAGAGGAGAGUUAUUGACAUAGCCAUGGCUUUCUGAGUAAGAACUAUAUGUAAGCAUCAUUUACUUGGAGAGCCACCUUUUUCUUCUAUUUUUUCUUACUUUUCUGUAAUGCUCUUAUUUUUAGUUCUCUGUCAGCAUUAUUCUAGGAUCCAAAACACUUCCACGUUAACUAUAGUAAGUUCUGUGAAUCCAUUGUCCUUACAACGAAUUUUAAUGUCUUCUUCA